ACUUGUAUCUCCAGAGUAAAAUGAUCUUAAUACGGCAGCUACACUUGAACUCAACACCUGAGCUGCUAAACGCACCUUCAUCUUUCAAUAACUGUUCAAUUUGAUGUGAUCAGUGGUUAGCCUUGGUAGAAGCUUCAGGCCUCCAUCUAGGUCAGCUUGAAAUGCACCAGUGAUAUGCCUCCAGAUUAGGUAUUUGCCAUUGUUCCACAUGUAGCGACUACUUUGACCUGAACCAGAGUUAAACAAGCAGUUUCGAGGUGUUUUGACCAAGUGGCAUGGAUCACUGAAGAAAAAGAUGAAUCUUCUGUGGUCAAAAACGUUUAUAGUACGAUAAACCACUUCACUAUCUGUGCAGUAAUCAAGGCCUUUGUGUAACUUGAAGAACUUACGAUUGGGUGUUGCUCCAUCACAUAUUGUGGCAAUGACACAUAAUUUGACGUUUAACUCUAAAAUGGCAAUGCAUCUCCAAAACAGAGGAAGAACUUGGCUACUUGUGAUACCAUCUGUUGCAAAAUAGGCUAAUGGGAACUUCAGGUCAGAUGAAAUUCCUCUGACAAAAAAUAAAAGUGCAUGCGUUGCAAGGGUCUUCUCUUUCUGGAGGCAUGCUUCAUUUAUUUCACCAUCUCCUAAGUCUGUGAAGCCAAUUAGUUCACCUGUAUAUUUAUCAAAUACCAAGCCUUCCGAUAUCUUCAUUUCAUCAAAUGAAACACAAACAAAUUUCUGGUGACCUUUAAAGCUUUCAACAGCCUCCCUAAGUUCAUUGAUGACACCUGAAUUGAAUCCAACCUGAGGUCGAAUAGCAUUACGAUAGUCUCUUAAAGUUCUUCGACUUGGUAGACAGAGAAUCCCUGAAUUUCUCAGCUCAUCAUAAGCGGAACCUGAUUUUGCAGCAACUGAUAGACAAAAUCGAAUAAUCAUUGGAUGAAACCGUCUAAACCCUUGCUUAAAAUACUUGACUUGUUCCUGCCAAAAUAAUGUCAUAUAGGGUGAGGCACUCUCAAGAUUUUCUGACAUUAUCUUAUUGAUAUCGGUGGUCAACUCAUCAUCUAGCUGAACUGAUGAUGACUGAAUUUCUUUAUCCAUCUCUCUCAAUUUUUCCUCCAAAAGACCACAUUUCAUUCUUUCACUAAACACUGUGGCCUUUAGUCUUGAAUGACUUGUUGCUGUUAAAGGUGCUCUACUCUUUACAGCUGUCUCUUGCAGUGAUGUCUUUACCUUGUAAGCUUGUAUGGCCCUUCCUUCAAAUUUCUUGCAAUCAUUGCAGCUUUCACUUGUGCCUGGUUCCAGGAGGACAUAGCAAGUAGGUGCCCUGUAGUACUGGGUAUACUGAAAAGGAAUAUCAUUAGUUACAUCUAAGAUUGAUGGAACUACAUGGAGAGAAGCACUUGUCUUUGCAUCUGCAUUUGUCACACCAGUGCAUAUCACAGCACCUGAUAUCUUUGAAAGAAGUUUUGACAACUUCAAAUACUUCAAUGAUCUUUGUGCAUCUUGAUAUCUAUGACUGCCUUCUGGUAAUUUCCAAUUGAAAACUGCAAUUGUAAAUCUCAAAUUGUUCUCAAUGAUCAAGCAGUACUUUGGCAAGGCAUUAGUUUGAUCAUUGAAAUUAAUUUGAAUCAAAUUUUCACCAUAUGUAACAGACCAUCCUUCCAAAUUGAUUCUUUGAAGUGCAUUCUGCAAGCUUGUGAAGUCCUUAUAAGCACAUUGAGAAUCUUCAGUUAUUCUUUCUUUUACAAUAUCUAUGUGUCUCCGGGCAACAAUCUCUCUAGAAGGAUGACUCUUUAUUGGUAAAUUCCUUUUUGGUAGGGCUCCUGGACGUAGUACUUUCCUUCCUUGUUCUAGGAACAGACAAAAACACAUCAAUUUGACACAAUAUCCACAUGCAGAGCUGCAGUGGUGAGAAUUCAGAUUUCAUUUAGGGGACACAGACCUUUAAUUUUCUGAUAAGAGAUAAAAUCUAAGGAAUCCAAUUACCCAAACUUCUUUGACAAGAAGGCAAAUCCUUGGGGAAGGUCAAGCCAUCACAAGCCUCUUGUGACAUUUCACCUAUGCAAUGUGCAUUGACUAGACUUAUAAGCAGUUGGGCCUCUUGUCUUUUAUUUUGAAUCUAUUUUUUGAAGAAUGCGUUUACCAUUAACUAUUACAACAUAGUCAAAUAUUAUCAUAAAUACAGUCCGUGGAAGCUUUCAACCAACGAGUUUUUCUAAUGCUAUCGAUGUAUGCAAAGAUUGAAAUUUCUCCCAAAAAUUUAGCUACACGUUGUAUUUGCUUUUAUGAUUUGUGAGUUCUAGUAAAAAUCAAAAGUUGAAUUCAAACUGUCGUGAUUUCCAAAAUAUUUCUGAUCUGGUUUUGCAAUAUGGUUUCGGAUAUCUUCCGUUUUGGAAAUACUAGAAAUAAAUUUUAGAAUCAUUCUUUUAGCCUUUUCUUGUACAAUAAUACAGAUAAAACAAAGCUAUAAAAACUAUAAACUUACCUGUUAUUUCAAUGUCUUCAGGCUCAUAAUGAUUUUCACAAACAUAUAUUUGUCCUCUCUCGAUUUGUUGGGAAAAAUGAGCAUCCACCUGCCGAUACUUUGUGAUUAUGUUGAGGAUAUCUCUUUUCCAGUCUAAAUAAAAUUUACCAGAACGCGCGGUGAUCUUGAAGAUUGAAAUAUUAUCGUACUUUCCAGAUUUAUUUGCUCGAUUAGUAUGACAUCCGUUAAAAACACAGUUUACCAUAAUGAUUUUGUUCUGUAUCGGCCGUCCGCCAUGCUAGAACAGUGCCUUGGAUGUUGUUUGGUCAUGUGAUCAAAGAAAUUCAGAACAAUAACAAAUUGCGCAAUCUCCCUUGUUUCCAAACCAUUCCUUUUAUCAACUAUGCUUAUACCGAGGUUACAAAGCCAGUUAAGGGGCAGUUUUAAGGUUAUCUGGUUAUCCAGUUACCGCAGGGUCUUGAGUUAUUUUUUACAAUCAAUCAAACUUAAAUAUCUUUACAUAAAAAACUAUUAAAUACCCAAGUAUAAAUCGUAAUAAGACAAUACCUGUUUAAAGUCUGAUUCGUUCUUUCAUCCAGACCAUUCGUUUGCAGAUGAUAUGCUGCUGUUUGGGUGCACCAUGGUGACAGAACAACUUUAAGGGACCAUUUUGCAUCUCUUUUGCAUCUUUACUUUUUAUGGAAAAGGCUCCAGGCCAUUAUGCAAAAUAAUCAGUGCAGGUGAAAAGGUACUGAUUCCCUCUUUCUCUUUUUGGGAGCUCAGUAAGGUUAAUGCCAAGCAUUUGCCACAGCUUUUCCACCUAAAAGUAGAUGAUAGCUAGAAUAAGUUUAUUGAAGCAAACUUACUAAACUAACAACAUAACAUCGCAACAAUAUAAUAUUGAUCAACGGAUUCCAACGUUGCUUAUAUACAACCUGCACAGGUCAUAAGGACAAUUUAAUUCAGAUACAGGACCAAUAGGGCGAUUCGGCAACGCGUAGCAACUGCGCCUAGCAACAGGCGUGGGGUGAAUACAAACAGGUCAAUCGGCUAGGCCGCCUAGUGUUUGCUGUGUUUAUGUUCGCAAAGUUGAUUGUCACUUUGGAACAUUUAAAUAAAUCGAAAAUGCCGAAAAGUUGCAUUGCAGUUGGCUGCUCAAACCACAAUAUGAUGGAUAAAAAGGAUAUUUCUUUCCAUCGAUUUCCUGAUCGAGAAAAUAAUGUGGACAAAUGGCAACGAUGGGUGCAAGCAAUGAAACGCGUAAACAAAGAUGGGACUCCAUGGGCUCCAGGUGGCAAAUACGCGUACAUUUGUUCUGCCCAUUUUUUAGAGGGGAAACCAUCAAAGGAUCCAACUCAUCCCGACUAUGAACCUUCUGUCUUUAAGCACAAGGCUCUAGACGGCAACAUUGCUACCAAAAAGUUAGAUAGGUUUGAGCGAGUCAGAAAACAGGGUAUGGCUAAAAUUGAAUGUAGUAUCAAGACAAAGAUUUUGGUGACUGAAGAAGAUCAAGGAAUGACAUCUGAACAUCCAGAAAGUUCUGAAGCUGGCCCAAGCACUGAAAUGCCAGAUGUACAGGCUCAACCACAAGCACUUCCAAAUGAGUCAUUAGAAGUCAAUUUUCUGAGAAAGGAGAGGGAAACUCUAUUGACAAAAAUUACCUGCCUUGAACAACAGGUGCUUCUGUCAAAUUACGAUCCAAUGGUGAUUGCAGGAAAUGACAAUGCUUCAACCUACCUUACUGGUCUCUCCUGGAAGGUUUUCAACUCAGUUUGCCAGCUACUUAUCCCAUCAAUAAAACAAUCAAGGAAAAACCUACCGCCUGCUAACCAGGUACUAAUGGUUAUGUUAAGGCUGCGGCUAAAUUUGCCAUUUGAGUACCUGAGCCUUCAGACAAAUUUUUCAAAAAGUACAUUGAACUUACUUUUUUGGCAGGUUGUACAUCUAAUGUACGAGAAGCUGAAAUUUUUGAUUUGCUGGCCUGGCAGAGAUCAUAUUCGUGCAAUAAGUCCUCCAGUCUUCAAGCAAUAUUUUCCAAGGCUAACCUCAAUUAUAGAUUGCUUUGAGAUAUUUAUAGAGAGAUCAUAUGGACUGCGUGCAAGAGCCCAGGUAUACUCAAAUUAUAAAAAGCAUAGUACUGUUAAGUAUUUGAUAAGUUGUAAUCCUGUGGGAGCAGUAAGCUUCUUAUCAAAGGGAUGGGGUGGAAGGGCUACUGACAUUCAAAUAGUCAAGGCAUCAGGCUUCAUUAGCACCAAAUACCAUUUGCAUGGAGAUGAAAUCUUGGCAGAUCGUGGGUUCACACUGAAGGAUGAGUUUGCUGCAGUUUGUGGUGCAGAACUCAUUAUCCCAAGUUUCACCAAAGGUAAGAAACAACUCACACCCAAGGAAGUGGAAACUACAAGACAAAUUGCAAAUGUGCGUAUCCACAUUGAAAGAGUUAUUGGUUUGAUGAAAAACAAGUUUUCAGUUCUACAGGGAACUCUUCCUUUAGCCAUGGUAAAGUCUCAACAAAACGAAGAAGUACCACUGGAAGAAGUACCAAAUAUUGACAAACUUGUUACAGUCUGCGGGGCUCUUGUUAAUCUCACAACAGGGAUUGUUUAUAAAGAUAAAAACAGCAGCAUUUGAAACAAUUCUAGAUAUUUAUGUAAAGAAAAUAAGUGAUAUGUUAACAUAAAACUUAACAGUUUAUUUAUGCGAGUCUCUUUUUUUGCAAUUCUUGCAGAACCAAUUGCCCUUAGGGGGUCUCUUUAUUUUAGCACAUUUAAAAUGGAACCAUUUCCUCUUGCACAAAGAAUUGUCACAACCUAUCAUUUGAUCACUAGAGGGCUGCUGACAAUAACAAUAUACAUUAUCAUCUUCCUUUUCACCUUCUUCACCAUCUUCUACCUUUGCAUUCUCAAUGCACCGUGUUAUUAUCUCAGGAGCUAUGAACUGUCUAUGCAGAUCAUACAUCUUUUGAAUGGAUGAUUCAAAUUUAUUUCUGUAUGGUAUUUCAAUUCCAUGACAGAACUUUGGGGUCCAAAUAACAAAAUGACAAAGGUAAACUUUGUAGACAUUCAUUUGCAUUUGAACUUGUGGCAUAUAUUUAUGAUUCUCUUUUAACAUUAGUUUUUCAUUCAGACAGAAACUGGGAUCUUCUAUGCAGUUGAUUAAAGAAUCAGCCUCCUUGUGCUUGUAAGGGCAUUUUACUUCAACAAGAAACUUGCCAUGACAGUUGCAAGUAGCAAUAGCAUCUGCUGAUGCACCAAGUACAUGGAACUCUGCAUGUAACCUCAGUCCUGAAGCUUUAAUAUUUAAAUUCACAUGGUCCUUAGCAAUUUUGCUUUGGUAGCAUUUAAUAGCAGUUUGUUCAUGCUGUUUACCCCAGUCCAAUGACGGCAAAGUAAGUUUUGAUGAACUGAUACAAAUGUUUAAAAUUGUUGACUUGGGAAGUUUAUUGUCCCUGGCAUGUAACACACUAUGUGCAACAGAUGCUGUUAUGCGACCUGCUCUUAAUUCUUUCCACAUCAGUGAACUACUUUGCGAUUUGGUUGACUGUUCAAUGA